GCUCGGCCGCACCGCCGCCUCCGCCUCCUCCUCCUGCUCACCAGCGCUAAAGCCGGGACUGGACCGAGUGGAGUUGUGCGUGUCGCCGAAGGGGGGUGGGCCGGGGGAGGGGAGGUUCGUUCCGCGGAGCCGCAGCCAGAACCGGGACCAGAAAUUGCCUUCAACCCUGUUUGGUGCAUCUUUGGCAGAAAGUGAGAAAGAAAACACCCUGAUUGUUAGAUGAGGUCUUAAUCAUGGAACAUUCGAAGUCACAUAAAGAAGGUUCUUUGGCAUGGACACAAGUUCAGUGGGAGCAUUAGAACUGACUGAGCAGACUUCUGUUUUAUUGGGAAGUACGGCCAUGGCAACUGGUCUCACAAAUGUAGGAAAUUCAUUUAGUGGUCCACCUAAUCCUUUAGUGUCUAGAUCUAAUAAAUUUCAAAACUCAUCAGUGGAAGACGAUGAUGAUGUUGUUUUUAUUGAACCUGUACAACCUCCCCCACCUUCUGCACCAGUGGUAACUGAUCAAAGAAACAUAACAUUUACUUCAUCAAAAAAUGAAGAAUUACAAGGAAAUGAUUCCAAAAUUAUUUCUUCCUCAAAAGAGUUGGCUUCUCAGAAGGGAAGUGUAAGUGAGACAAUUGUCAUUGAUGACGAAGAGGACAUGGAAACAAAUCAAGGGCAAGAAAAAAAUUCCUCCAAUUUUAUAGAACGGAGACCUUCUGAGACUAAAAAUAGAACCAAUGAUGUGGAUUUCUCUACUUCCAGUUUUUCAAGAAGUAAGGUAAAUUCAGGAAUGGGUAAUAGUGGUAUCACCACAGAACCUGACUCUGAAAUUCAGAUUGCUAAUGUUACCACCUUAGAAACAGGUGUAAGCUCUGUGAAUGAUGGCCAAUUAGAAAAUACUGACGGGAGAGAUAUGAACUUAAUGAUUACACAUGUAACAUCACUGCAGAAUACCAACUUGGGAGAUGUCUCUAACGGACUGCAGACAAGUAAUUUUGGUGUUAAUAUACAAACAUACACCCCAUCUUUAACUUCACAGACCAAGACUGGAGUAGGACCUUUUAAUCCUGGUAGAAUGAAUGUGGCAGGAGAUGUAUUUCAGAAUGGAGAAUCUGCAACUCAUCAUAAUCCUGAUUCUUGGAUCUCCCAGUCAGCAUCAUUUCCCCGUAAUCAGAAACAACCAGGGGUGGAUUCUUUAUCACCAGUGGCCUCACUUCCUAAACAGAUUUUUCAGCCUUCUGCCCAACAGCAACCCACUAAACCAGUUAAAGUUACUUGUGCAAACUGCAAAAAACCUUUACAGAAGGGACAGACAGCUUAUCAACGAAAAGGAUCAGCUCAUCUCUUUUGUUCGACUACCUGCCUUUCUUCCUUCUCCCACAAGCCUGCUCCAAAGAAACUCUGUGUUAUGUGUAAAAAAGAUAUAACUACGAUGAAAGGAACCAUUGUUGCUCAAGUAGAUUCAAGUGAGUCCUUCCAGGAAUUCUGUAGUACAUCUUGUUUGUCUCUUUAUGAAGACAAACAGAAUCCUACUAAAGGAACUCUAAAUAAAUCAAGAUGUACAAUCUGUGGUAAAUUAACAGAGAUUCGCCAUGAAGUUAGCUUUAAAAAUAUGACUCAUAAACUGUGCAGUGACCACUGCUUUAAUAGAUACAGAAUGGCCAAUGGUCUAAUAAUGAAUUGCUGUGAACAGUGUGGAGAAUAUUUGCCCAGUAAAGGUGCUGGAAAUAAUGUUCUGGUGAUUGAUGGUCAGCAGAAAAGAUUUUGCUGUCAAAGUUGUGUCAGUGAAUACAAACAGGUAGGUAGCCAUCCAAGCUUCCUGAAGGAGGUUCGUGAUCACAUGCAGGAUUCUUUCUUAAUGCAGCCUGAGAAAUAUGGAAAACUGACAACUUGUACUGGUUGCCGAACUCAGUGCAGGUUUUUUGAUAUGACUCAGUGUAUAGGUCCUAAUGGAUAUAUGGAGCCAUAUUGUUCAACUGCUUGCAUGAAUAGUCACAAGACAAAAUAUGCAAAAUCACAAAGUUUGGGAAUUAUUUGCCAUUUUUGUAAGCGAAACUCUUUACCUCAAUACCAAGCCACAAUGCCUGAUGGAAAACUGUAUAACUUUUGCAAUUCCAGUUGUGUGGCUAAGUUUCAGGCUCUAAGCAUGCAGUCAUCUCCAAAUGGCCAAUUUGUAGCACCAAGUGAUAUUCAGUUGAAAUGCAACUACUGUAAAAAUUCCUUUUGUUCAAAACCAGAAAUCCUGGAAUGGGAGAACAAAGUGCAUCAGUUCUGCAGCAAAACUUGUUCAGAUGACUAUAAGAAGUUGCAUUGCAUAGUUACAUAUUGCGAAUACUGUCAAGAGGAGAAGACUCUUCAUGAAACAGUAAAUUUCUCUGGCGUUAAGAGACCUUUCUGUAGUGAAGGCUGCAAACUAUUAUACAAACAGGAUUUUGCAAGGCGUUUAGGAUUAAGGUGUGUUACCUGCAACUAUUGUUCUCAGCUGUGUAAGAAGGGAGCAACUAAAGAACUUGAUGGUGUUGUGAGAGAUUUCUGCAGUGAAGACUGCUGUAAAAAAUUUCAGGAUUGGUACUAUAAGGCUGCAAGGUGUGACUGUUGUAAAUCUCAAGGAACUCUUAAAGAGCGAGUGCAGUGGCGUGGGGAAAUGAAACACUUUUGUGAUCAACACUGCUUGUUACGUUUUUAUUGUCAACAAAAUGAGCCCAACAUGACAACUCAGAAAGGACCUGAAAACUUACAUUAUGAUCAGGGCUGUCAGACAUCCAGAACCAAAAUGACCGGUUCAGCACCACCCCCUUCUCCAACACCAAACAAAGAGAUGAAGAACAAAGCAGUUCUUUGUAAACCUUUAACAAUGACAAAAGCUACUUACUGUAAGCCUCACAUGCAGACCAAAUCUUGUCAGACAGAUGAUAAUUGGAAGACAGAAUACGUUCCAGUGCCUAUUCCCGUGCCUGUGUAUAUCCCAGUACCUAUGCACAUGUACAGCCAGAAUAUUCCUGUUCCUACUACAGUUCCUGUUCCUGUGCCCGUUCCUGUUUUUCUGCCUGCUCCAUUGGAUAGCACUGAUAAAAUUCCAGCUGCAGUUGAGGAGCUAAAAAGCAAAGUUUCUUCAGAUCCUCUUGAUACAGAGUUGCUUACAAUGACAGAUAUGAUGAAUGAAGAUGAGGAGAAAACAGAGGCAUCCAACAUCAAUAGUGUAAUUAUCGAAAGUGAUAUAAUUGGUUCAGAUCUCAUUAAAAGCUCUGACUCAGAGACACAGUCCAACAUGCCUGAUGUGCCGUAUGAACCAGAUUUGGAUAUUGAGAUAGAUUUUCCCAGAGCUGCUGAGGAGCUUGAUAUGGAAAAUGAGUUUUUAUUACCACCUGUUUUUGGAGAAGAAUAUGAGGAACAGCCCAGACCUCGAUCUAAAAAAAAGGGAGCCAAGAGAAAAGCUGUAUCAGGAUACCAGUCUCAUGAUGAUAGUUCUGAUAAUUCAGAAUGCAGCUUUCCUUUCAAAUACACAUAUGGUGUGAAUGCUUGGAAACACUGGGUCAAAACUAGGCAACUUGAUGAAGAUCUUCUAGUAUUAGAUGAGCUGAAAUCUUCCAAAUCAGUAAAGUUAAAAGAAGAUCUACUGUCUCAUACUACAGCUGAGCUUAACUAUGGGUUAGCUCAUUUUGUCAAUGAGAUCCGACGACCAAAUGGAGAGAAUUAUGCACCUGACAGCAUCUAUUAUCUCUGCCUUGGAAUACAGGAGUACUUGUGUGGUAGUAAUCGAAAGGACAACAUAUUUAUUGAUCCAGGAUACCAGAUGUUUGAGCAAGAAUUGAACAAAAUACUACGAAGUUGGCAACCAAGCAUACUUCCAGAUGGGUCAAUAUUCUCUCGAGUUGAAGAAGACUAUCUCUGGAGGAUAAAACAACUAGGAUCACACUCUCCAGUAGCUCUUUUGAAUACCCUGUUCUACUUUAACACUAAAUAUUUUGGCCUCAAAACAGUGGAACAACACUUAAGACUUUCCUUUGGCACUGUGUUUAGGCAUUGGAAAAAAAAUCCUUUAACAAUGGAAAACAAAGCAUGUCUUCGAUACCAAGUAUCUUCUUUAUGUGGAACAGAUAAUGAAGAUAAAAUUACUACUGGAAAAAGAAAACACGAAGAUGAUGAGCCAGUGUUUGAGCAAAUUGAAAACACAUCCAAUCCUUCUAGAUGUCCUGUGAAAAUGUUUGAAUGCUACUUGUCUAAAAGUCCACAGAAUCUUAAUCAGAGAAUGGAUGUUUUUUAUUUGCAACCAGAAUGCUCUAGUUCUACAGAUAGCCCUGUCUGGUAUACAUCUACUUCACUGGACCGAAACACCUUGGAAAAUAUGCUUGUACGGGUUCUUCUAGUAAAAGAUAUUUAUGAUAAAGACAAUUAUGAACUGGAUGAAGACACAGACUAAAAAGGAAUGUUUCAGAAGCAAUCGGGAUAAAACAGCAUUAGAUAGUCAUGCUGCUAGAUCUUCAUUAUGGAAAACAUUUCAAGUUUACUCCUGUUUUGAGUUUUGUAGCAGUGUACCCACACUGGGUAUUACCAUGUAAAUAAUCUGUGAGUGAAAGUUGCCAUUAUUCUAAGUAGUGGUUUUAGAAUACUUAACAAAUACAUUCAAAUCCUUUUUUUUUAUUAUUAUUUAUUUGAUUAGGUAUGUUUGUAACUUUUUACAUUACAAAAUACGAAUGAGAAUGUGCCAUGUAUAAUUUUUUUCUUGUAGUAAGAAACAUCCAUAUUGCACAACUCUACUGUUGCAAAGCUUCCUCAACAAGGGGCGCUUUUACUGGGUUCUUUACCAGAUGGUUGUGUAUGGGUAGCACUACUAAAAGUUUAGAACUUGCAGUGUCUUUCAGAAUUUUUAAAAUAAACUGUAAACUAAUAGGCUGGGUUUUUGUUUUGUUUUGGGGGGUUUUUGUUUGUUUGUUUUUAUGUUUUAGUUACUGAAGCCUUACAAGUUAUGUAGAGAGAUACCAUCUUCUGUACCAAAAAUAGACAAGAGAAUGCUGUCAAUAUUGGUGUACUGUAAUGUGAAUCUAUACUGGUGAAAACAACUUUUUGUUCCCCUUAUUAAAACCUUAGUGUCCUUUUCUCAUUUUGUGGCUUUCUGCAUCACCCCAAUUUUAAAAAUAUAUAUGUAUGUAUAUAUAUGUAUAUGUAUAUAUGAUAUAUAUACACACACAUAUAUACAUAUAUAUAUACACACACAAAGAAUGACUAUAAGUUGAAAACAGGUCAUUAAGACAUUUUUGUUUGUAAAAAUGUCUGAUGAAAGUAUAAGAUUCUGUUUUCUUUUUCUAUGCCAACCAUUAAGAUCUGAAAUCCCCUUCAUUAAUAGAUUCAAAUUUUUUUCUUCCCCUUCCCGUUAUGGAUAUAGAUCAUGCUGCAAUAUUUCCUGUGAAGUACUCUAUACCUUUACCAAUUUUAUUAGAAUUCUUGUGCCUGCUUCCAAAUAUGACUGAUGCAUACAUUAAGUAAAAUUAUUUUUAGAAAUGCCACUCCUAAAAUAGUUGUUAUAGAAAGUCAAGCUACUUUAAAUAAGAUAGUAUUACCUUUUACUAUGACGAUUACCAGUGUAGUAAUUCUGAUUAUUUCAGAUGAUUGAAGAGCAAAGAAAAACUGGAUAAAGUCUGUUUCAGAGGAAAUCACACUUGGUGUUAGAUUGUUUGGCUUUUAAAAUUUUACUUCUUAUAGAAGAUUGCAUUAAAAAAAAAAAACCUUUGUGCUUCUGCAUAGCAAUUUAUCUGUCCAGAUCUUUUAUUUUAGAAUAAGGAAGCUUACUUAAAAUCCUACUUUCUAAAGACUUAAGUAAAGUGCUAGCUGCAAAUUAUCAUAAAGAAAUCAUUUGGCUGACUUUGUAUAGCAUGUAUGUAAUCAUGUUAAUUUCUUGUCUCUAAAUCCUGAAUCACCAUGGUGACAUUAGUUUUUAAAAACUAUUUAGGGGGAAAUUGGGCUGUUUUCCACAGUGUAUAGGCAGUAUCUACACAUCCCUCAGAUAUGUCUCUCUUUUAGGAUAAAUAUUAGCACACUAAGGAAAUUUUCCCAAUCAUGAAUUGGAAAAUUUCACAGGUAUAAUCACUGUAUAUUUAAGCAAUAAUUAUCUAAAAUGUUUUUGGCAUAAAAUUACUUUAUAAUGUUCUAACUUGUUUUAUAAGUUUGAAUAACUUUCAGUCCCUCAAUUUUAUAUUUGUUGAGUGAUAAUCAGUAGAAAAUCUGAUAUAAGUUACUUUACUAAAAUAGAUUGCCAAUUGUCUAAUGAAAAAAAAUGGGUAACGUUUAAAAUAUAUAAUACAAAAACUCCUCAAUCUUUUUCCAGAACUACUUCUUUAAGCACUUUUCCUAUAAAUGCAUAUUGUUGAUUAAAAGGUGGUUAAUACUAACCAUCUUUUAUUCUUCAAAGUGGUGCUAUAUUCCAUCAAGAGCAAUAAACUUAUUCCCAAAUGUCAUUUCUUGUAUAUUUUACCAAAUUCCAUAAAUUCCUACCAUGGUACUGCUAUUAAGCACUGUGUCUUUUGCUAUUUACAUUUUCUUCAUUUGUACAUUUUAGCUUUCCUCAGUGGAAAUGACUACAUAAUUUUGAUCUUAGCAUGAUAAAGGAUUUAGAUCUUGUCUUUGAUUGCAUUCCAAUGAUAGAUUAACUUGAUUCUCAGGGGGAAAAGAAAAAAAAAACUAUUUUAUGAGAAUUGUUUGUUCUGGGAAAUUUAUUUCACCUAGAACAUAUUUCAUUGAUUCCUAGAACUCCCUAGUUUGUGUGGUCAUACCUGACUGCUGAGAAAAGGGACAAUGAAAUGAUAGUUUAUUUUUGCUUCUUGGUGAUUUCUGAUUAUUGAUAACAGCCUGUAAAUAUAACUUUAUUGUCUUGAGAUGUCUAUUGAAAAUACUAUAUUUUUCUGUUCUUGAAGGAGAAUUUUUUUUCCACUUAAAAUCAUUUCGUGAAAAAGUGAUCAGACAUAUUGAGGGAGGUGGAUUCCCAUGCAAAUUGAUUCUUUAUUAACAGGUUUUUAAAGACUUUUUUUCUGUAGUAGGUAACAUAAGAUAUUAAAAGUUUUUUUGUUUUGUUCUUUUUUUAAGACAUCAAACUCAGCUUUUUUUCCCCCCUGUUAAAAAAUACUCUUUAAGUAGUAAUUCAUGUUUUAUUAAAUGGAGUUGUUACCAGUGUGUUUAACUUUGAAAUAGGAGGAUGAAUAUUGUACCAUGCAUUCAAAUUUAUCACUUUUUUUCUGAUGGAAUUUCCUUUUCCUCCACCAGUUGUGAUUUGCAAAUGGGGAUAACUUAUUCAUACAUAGUAUUAGGGACUAUAGUAAUCAAGGAGUCAGAAAUUUUCAAGUUUUGGUUUGCACUACUCUAAUGUGGGUCCACUUAAUCUGAGAUCUUAAAUAUCUUGCAGUCUUAAAUCACUAUAAACAUUUACAUUUUUAUUUUCCCAGUUAUUUCCAAAAUGUAUUGUUAUAUAUAUGCCAGUUAUGUUUAAGCUAAUAUUGACUAUAGGAAAAUCUACUUGCUCCCCUCAAAAAAAGUAGUCAUGAAAGUGUACAUGAAAGUAUUUUUAAAGAAUAAAUUUCUUUAAGUUAUAAUACUUUUGUAUUCCCCCCCAUAAGCUCCUCAUUCAUUUUUAGAGAAUAUUAUGAAUUUCAUUUAUUCCAUUCUACUGUAUCCUUAGGAUUAGACCAAUUUAAAUGCUAUUUUCAAGUACUUUUGUGUUGUUUCUGGGUAUAUCAUACUACUAACAGAAUUUUGCCAGUUUAGAAGCUGAUGUCCAGAAUAGGUUAGCUGCAUCAUUCUUGGUUGGGAAUAGAAAUGCCUGUAGAGGUGUUCCAAUUUUUAGGUUUUUUUUCCCCCCCUACUCUCUUCAUCUUCACUUGGAAAUUAGGUUUUAGAGUGAUCUCAAUAAGUGGCUAUGAUUCCCCACCUUGUAAUGAAUGAGAAAGGAAAAUGUCAUCCCUAAAAUCAAGGCAGGUGGUGCCCUAAUUUAUUACUGAGUUUUUUAAAAUCAUUUCGUGAAAAAGUGAAAACUUAGGCCUUUUGAAAGAGAACAAAAGAAGCUAAGAUUUAAUUCGUGAAUAAAAUACAAGUUGAGCAUCCCUUAUUGAAAAAUAUGAAAUCUGAAAUGCUCUAAAAUCUAAAACUUUGCCAACAUACUUGGCUCAACCAUUUAAGUCUAUGCCAAUGUUCUAAAAUCCCAAAUUUGAAACACUUAUGGUUCCAUGCAUUUCAGACACAGGAUGCUUAACCUGUAUUAACAGACCUGAAGAGAGGUCCAGAGACCUUUGUGUGUUGUCAACAGGAGAUGUAAAUCUUAAAAGAGUAUUUUCUGUUGUGUUAUAGUAACAAGAACAAUUACAACUCUUUUUAAAACUUAGGUUCUUUAUUCUGUCUGGGCCUCAAUUUCUUCAUCUGUAAAUGAUAGUAUCGCCUUAAUUGCUGAUUCUGGAGUUUCAAAUUAAGCAUGGUCGAUAGUAAACUUUACAGAUUUAUGUAUGAAUCCUUGUGAUUUAUUUAGAAGCACGUUUUCUUGAAGAGGGAAGGAUCUUUUCUAAAACAGCCUUAAUACUGAGCUUGUAAGACCUAAUUUUUAAAUUCCAACUCAGGUAACUGCGUAAUUAAACUUAGCAUACAGAAAUUAUCGCAAACUUAAUAUUUGCUGUGUUUUUCCACUGUGCCAAAGAACUUCUGCUCUCUAUGGUAUGGAAAAAGAAAAAGUGAAAGAUUAAGAAGAUAUUACUGUUGCAGACCUUACAUCUUUGGGGGCAGUAUGAACAAGAUAAACCAAACACAAUGAACACCUAGGGAACAGAUAAAGAAUAUUAUGCAUGAUAAUUUAGAACAGAGAAUGUUGUGGACAUUCAGAAGUACUCCAAAAGGCUAUUAUUAUUAUGGUCUAGAGUAGGUUUUGAUGGAUUACUACCACCUGUGAGUAUGUAAAAUAAGAUUCCUAUAACUGCCAUUUCUGAUUAAUUUGAUAUACUGUUUUGAUGGCAUUGGUUCUUAUCACUGGCUUGCAGCCCAGUGCAGUGCAUGGGUAGUUAAAAAUGGCACCCAAAGGGUGGACUAGAAUACUCUCUCCAGGCAUUAGAGGUAAGUCUAAAAGGUAUUCAACUAUGUUGAAUUAACAUGUGUGAUCCAAUUUCUAGGUUAUGUAGAAUGGGUGGAAUGUACAAGGUUCAAUUUUUUAAACAAUUUCAUCUACAAAGGAUUUUGUUUUUUUCCAUGGCAAUUUAAAAUAACUAUUUUCUAAGUCAUGGGUAUGCUCCUCUUAACCCCAUAUGUAAGAUAAAUCCUUUCCAUUUUGAUUACAUAGUUCUAAGUUCAUGCCAGCAGGUGGCAACAGUGCACACAGCACAAGGUUUCAAAUGCUUUAUGCUGUAAGGAUAUAAUCCUUUAUCUGAAAUCCUUGGGGGUUUUGCAAUUCAUAUUUUUUCCUUUUUAAAGAUGAAAUGUACUUUGUAGAUUACAAAAAACUCAAUGGCAUCUGGGGCAGCACCCCAUAAUAAAAUUAUUUCUGCAGUUAUAAAUUAGACAUAGUAAUUGGAGUAAACUGCUUUACCUCAUUCAGGUCAGUUUUUGUCCAAACUUAGGAGAAAACUAGGUUUUCAGAGUUUUUUCUUUUUUUUUUAAUACUGAGAAGGAAAUGCUGAUCUGUAUAAGAAACUGAAUAGAUGUAGUAUUUUCCCUUAAUAAAAUAUUUACCAGUUUUUCUCUUUUUCAUUGCUUAGAGAUAACUGAAAGGUUUCUUGUAAAAUUUGCAUAUUAGAUUUUAAGAAAAAAAUGCAUGAAAUGCUUAGAACACAUAAAUAUGAGUAACAUGCUUUCUUUUACUUUCCAUCUUGCCUCAGCAUUUGUAGCAUAAAUAUCCUACAAAGAAGAGCUAUAGUCAUUUAUUUAUUAACAAAUUGAUUAUCCUCCUAGGCAAUGAACCUGGGCAGUGGAAACACAGUAGAACAUUAGACCCAGCCCUUCCUCUCUGGGCCAUAGUUCAGCUGGAGAGAAAAGAGUGUGGUGGAAAGUCAGAAUAAGAUGGGCCCUUGGGCCUUAUUGAGGACAAUCAUUUGUGCUUUUAAAUUAAAAAUAUUCUAUCAAGAACUUUAAAAAGUUCUGGCUCUAGACUGUGGUUUCAGAUUUCUCUAUUACACCUGUUUUCUGUUCUGGCAAGGGGGAGGUGCCAGCUACUUGAAUGCAGAUAGAUGCAUAAUGAAAAUUAGCAAUGAACAUCUACCAGAUGGAAAGGCUGUCAGUCUUUUGAGGUUAAUAAUUGGUGUUGGUCCAUUCAGUUUUUACCCAGGUAUCUUGCAAGAACAAAACAUUUUACUGGAAUGUAAUGUAAAGGUUUGGGAUUUUUCCCUUUUUUCCCCCCUGCUGUUUUUCCAAGUACCUAGAAAAGUUUCUAGCACACACUAGGUGUUAAUAUGCUCGUUGAAUGAGUCAGUGAUCCUAAGUAUCAAUUAAGCUCAAGAACUUUGAAAAUAAAGAAACCAUUGGAGAUAUGA